ACACACACACACACACACACACACACACACAGCAAAGCAGAGCCCACCAUAUCGUAGAUAAGGGACUGAGAGAAAAAGCUGGGAAGGGAGCGUAAAGCACAGAAAGAGAACAACACAACAGAGAUGACAAGGUGGACCAUACCGGGCCUCUGUCACGCUGCCACUGGACGUAUAGGCCAUAGCUGUGCAUGAGACUAAAUGCUGUGUCAACGGCGACGCUGCAUAAGGUUUACUGCAGGCACCGUAGAAGAUCCCACUUGUCACAGAAAAGGUCACCACCGCUUUUUAUCGACUGUGACAGCAUAAAAUUAAUUGCUAAUUUUUUUUCUCCAUGGCGAGUAUUUGGGUUUCUCUUCCGGGAACCAUUUGCAGCACCGAGACUAUACUCUUACUAUUUUCUAUAUUGUUGCUCCGGGGGCCUCUUUGUGGCGAGGGCAGCCCAAUCUCCAACGCCGACCAGAGGCUUCGACCCACUCCGGGGCUGAAAGACGGACUGGGGAGGGCGGCGGACGCGUCUCAGUCGGAGCAGGACAACAAUCUGAUCAUGCAGGGUGUGCUGGAGAGCCUGAAAGAGCAGUUCCUGCAGACAUUCAACCUGUCUGGCUUGGGUCCACCUCCGCUGCCACCUGGAAGCGUACGAGAGGAGCCGCCUGAGUACAUGAUGGAGCUCUACAACCGCUUUGCCAAUGACCGCACCUCAGCGCCCAGUGCCAGCAUCAUUCGCAGCUUCAAGAAUGAGGAUUCCUCUUCAAGCACUGUCGGUGUCGGGGGAGUAAGGCGCCACCCACUCCUCUUCAAUGUGUCAGUCCCCCAUCACGAACACGUCACUGCAGCCGAGCUCCGUCUCUACACGCUCGUCCAGACUGACCGCCACCUGUUUGCCGGCGUCGACCGCAAAGUCACUAUCUACGAAGUGGUACAUUAUGACGAAGAGGACAACAGCACAGAUGAGAAUUUUGCGAGAGGAGACAACCUUGGGGGUCAAAAGGCGAUAAUGGAGCUGGUGGAGUUGGCGUCGAGACAAGUGUAUGGCACCGACGAUGGCUGGGAAGCGUUCAACCUCACCGCUUCUGUCCAGCGGUGGCGUAAAUCUGAGCAUGGAACCACACAUCGUCUGGAGGUGCACAUUGACAGCGUGGCCGGCGAAGACACGCAACGUGUCGCAGACCAAGGCAAAAAUGGGAAUACUGAAGCGGACAUGAAGAUUGACACCAACAUGAAGGAAAAACACAAGCCCCUGUUUAUCGUUUUCUCGAAUGAUGAAAGCAGCGAUCAUCGAGAUGACAAGCAUGACCUGGAAGAGAUGAUCGACCACGAAACCUCCAACGUAAUGCUCCGAAACGACUUGGAGAAUGACUUGUGGGGCGAGCUCGAGACGAAGGGCUACGGCAGCAAUGGCGAGUCCGAACCGGAUGAAGCCGACCUGCUCCAGAUGCGCUCGAAUCUGAUCUACGACACGAGCUCGCGCAUCCGUCGCAACGCCAAGGGAAACCACUGCAGGAGACAACCUCUGCACGUGGAUUUCAAAGAUAUCGGAUGGGACAGUUGGAUCCUGGCACCCGGCAGUUACGACGCCUACGAGUGCGCUGGGAUUUGCUCAUUCCCGCUAACAAAGCACGUCACGCCCACCAAACACGCCAUCGUCCAAACGCUGAUCAACAUCAACAGUCCUCAGAAAACAGCGCGAGCGUGUUGCGUGCCCACCAAGCUGGAUCCCAUCUCGCUCCUGUACCUGGACGACACAGGCGUGGUCACGUAUAAGCAUAAGUAUGAAGGGAUGGCGGUGGCCGAGUGCGGCUGUAGAUAGCUGGACUCUGGAGGAGUGACGUGAAGUCAACAAAAAAGCUAAACGAGUCCGAGAGUGGCAUUGGACUCUCAAUCAGUAGGACUGGAAGUGCAUGUAAUCACUUUUUGUUAAGUCCUUGUGUGGCUGGACUUUGUCCAUCGAGACAGAAAAGACGAUAUCUUCUUAGUCGUGAAUGGCGGCCGCCGACGCGGUGAGCUCACAGGCAGCGGCGGUCAGGACCG